AUGCUGAAAAACAGAGGGGACGCCAGCCCGCGGCUGAAGAUGGGCAGGAUGGAGGGCAGGGUGGAGGGCAGGGCAGAAGAGUGUGUGGAGAAGAGAGAGGACAGUAAGAGCCGUUGUGCCCGCUGCCCGCUGAGAGCCAUGUGUCGAGCUGUGUGGGGGCUGGUCCUUGGGUGCUGUGUGGCCCUGGCGUGGGCAGUGGGCACACACAGUGCCAAGCAGUCUCUGGAGCAGCUCCAUGCCCCCUUCUUCACUAUUUGGUUCUGCAGUACAUGGAACCUCCUCCUCUUCCCCCUUUACUACCUGGGACACCUGCUAGGGGCAGAGCAGAGACAGUGGCCCACAGCCUGCUUCAGGCAGUGCAGUGGCUUCCUGGUGGAGGAGGACAUGACAGUGAGAGUGCUCCUGAAGGGUGCAGCACCGUUCUCCGUGCUGUGGAGUCUCUCAGGCUACCUGUACCUGCUGGCUCUUUGUCGCAUUUCAGCGGGAGACGCUAGCGCCAUUCUCUGCUGUAGCCAGGGCUUCAUCUUCCUCCUGUCCUGGAUCGGACUCAACGACCGGUUCAUGGGUGUACGGAUAGUGGCUGUAAUUCUCUCCAUCACAGGAAUCGUCAUGAUGGCGUAUGCUGACGGUUUCCAUAGCGACUCAAUCACAGGGGUGGCCCUGGCAGUAGGCUCAGCUUCAACCACUGCCCUGUACAAGGUGUUGUUUAGAAAGCGAGUGGGAGAGGUGCAUCCGGGUACUGCCAGUGUUCUGCUGUCCUGUGUGGGGCUAUGCUGCUGUGUCCUCCACUCCUGGGUGUGUGUGAUACUCUACCUCACACAUGUGGAGUACUGGCCUCCAAUCCAGUACAUCCCCUGGGACGCAUUGUGCGUGAUGGCCUCCCUGCUCCUUGCUUUCAAUGUCUUGGUGAAUCUAGGAAGUGUGCUUGCCUACCCCUCCCUUAUUUCUCUUGGAAUGUUACUGAGCAUCCCAGCUAAUUCAGCAGUGGAUUUCUAUGUCGCUGCAGCCCCCCAGCUCAGCCAGGUCAGAGUGGCUGCAGCAGCUAUCAUCGGGGUGGGCUACCUCUUACUGCUGCUCCCUGGAAACUGGGAUGAUAGUGUUGUCCACUGGAUAGAGGGUCUGUGGCAAGGAGGAUGGAAAGAGGACAGUGUGGUUGGAGAAGAUGGAGGAGCUGAUGGAGGAGAAAUUGCAAAGCCCAAGCCCAAACCAGCAGGCAUUGCUGCCAUAACAUGA